AUGGCGAGAUCAAUGCUGUCGCCGCUGAGGAUACUCCUCUGUGCGGCCUUCUUCUUCUCUACACAUGUCUUUGCAGUAUCAGCUGUUCUGGGAGUCGACCUAGGAACAGAAUAUAUCAAGGCCGCCCUUGUCAAGCCUGGCAUCCCCCUCGAGAUCGUCCUGACGAAGGAUUCGCGACGAAAAGAAGCCUCUGCAGUCGCCUUCAAACCCCCUCAGAAUGGCGCAAAGGCUGGCACAUACCCCGAGAGGCUCUACGGCUCAGACGCCAUGGCUCUCGCAGCUCGGUUUCCUGGCGAUGUGUACCCGAAUUUGAAGGCUCUUCUCGGCCUGCCGACUGACAGCCCGGUCGUCAAGGAUUACGCAUCACGACACCCGGCCCUGCAACUGGAGACACACAAGCUACGGGAUACCGCUGCAUUCAAGAGCAAGGACGCAUUCACGGCCGAGGAGGACUCGUUCCUGGUCGAGGAGCUGCUUGCCAUGGAGCUGCAGAGCAUACAGAAGAACGCCGAGGCAUUGGCUGGCUCAGGGACGUCUGUCCGCUCCGUCGUGAUCACUGUGCCUCCUUUCUACACCAUCGAAGAGAAGCGCGCCAUCGAACUGGCUGCUGACCUCGCUGGGCUGAAGGUCCUGUCCCUCAUCAGCGAUGGUCUAGCUGUCGGUUUGAACUACGCUACCAGCCGCCAAUUUCCCAACAUCAACGACGGAGGAAAGCCCGAGCACCACAUGGUCUUUGACAUGGGAGCUGGCUCUACGAAGGCGACUAUCUUGAAGAUGCAGAGUCGUACGGUUAAGGACGUCGGCAAAUUCAACAAGACGAUUCAGGAAGUGAUUGUUUCAGGAAGCGGCUGGGAUCGAUCCCUGGGUGGUGAUGCCCUCAACGCUCUCAUUGUGGACGAUAUGGUCGAGAAGUUUGUGGAGACCUCCGGCGCCAAGAAGAUCUCGGCCGCGUCUGAGGGUGUCAAGGCUCAUGGUCGAGCCAUCGCAAAGCUGUCCAAGGAGGCUGAACGACUACGUCACGUCCUAAGCGCCAACCAGAACACGCAAGCAAGCUUCGAGGGUCUAUACGAGGAUGUUGACUUCAGAUACAAGAUCACCCGAGCUGAUUUCGAGAGCAUGUGCGAGGCCCAUGCCGAGAGAGUCGGCCGCGCGGUGGACAGUGCGCUUGAGAUGGCUGGUCUGAAGGUCAGCGAUCUGGACUCGGUCAUUCUCCACGGCGGUGCCACUCGCACACCCUUCGUUCAGAAGGAGCUCGAGAAGAUCUUCGGCGGCGCCGACAAGCUUCGUAGCAACGUCAACUCGGACGAAGCCGCGGUGUUUGGUGCUGGUUUCCGCGCUGCGGAGAUCAGCCCCAGCUUCCGUGUCAAGGAGAUCCGGAUUUCUGAAGGCUCUGUCUACUCCGCUGGCAUGAAGUGGACCAACGAGAAGCAGAAGGCACAGCAUCAGCGACUAUGGACAUCUACAUCCUACCUUGGGGCGCCGGCGAAGGAAGUCACUUUCAACAACAAGGAAGACUUCACCGUCGAUUUCUACCAGCAGGUUCCUCCUGCCGCCAACGAUGUCACCCCUGGCAUUGAGGAGCGCACUACCAAGGUUCUGUCUACCAAGAACCUCACGGCAACUGUGGCAAUGCUUGGAGAGAAGUACUCGUGUGAGCCAAGCGCUGUUCAGUUCAAGGUCGGCCUUCGUCUAGCAAGCGAGAAUGGCGAGGUCGAGGUCACCAAAGCGUACGUCGAGUGCGAAGCCGAGGUCGUCGAGAAGGAAGGAUUUGUCGACGGUGUUAAGAACUUGUUUGGCUUUGGAAAGAAAGACCAGCAGCCCAUCAAGGACGGCGAAGCCUCCGAAGAUGCUGAGGGUUCCUCGUCAGCUUCUGCGGAGCCCUCGACAACCACAGAAUCGAGCGAAGCCACCUCGUCCACAUCGACUACAUCUACUGUCGCUGCGUCAGAAUCUGCCGAGGCGACAGGAAAAAAGACAAAGAAGAUGGUCUCAAUCCCUGUUCAGUACGAGCUGAAGAAGGCUGGUAUCCCCCAGUUGGAGAAGGCUGACCUUACAAGUCUCAAGGACCGACUGAAGGCAUUCGAGGCGUCCGACCGCUCGCGUAGACUGCGAGAGGAGGCACUCAAUCAGCUUGAAGGGUUCACAUACAAGGUCCGAGAUCUGCUUGACAGCGAGGUCUUCAUUGCUGCCUCGACUGAAGAGGAACGAUCAACCCUCGAGAAGAAGAGCAGCGAGGCUAGUGAGUGGUUGUAUGGCGAUGGCGCAGAUGCCUCCAGAGAAGAGCUGAAGAAACGCCACAAGGAACUCCAGGACAUUGUUAUCCUUGUACAAAAGCGUAUAGAGGAGGGGUCUAAGCGUCCUGAGCUGAUCCAGGGUCUGAAGGAGGCAUUGAACCAGACAAAUGAGUUCGUAAAUAAUAUCAAAGAGAAGAUCGCCGAGGCCGAGGCCUGGAGCUCUUCUCAGGCAGCAUCCUCAACGGCCUCAUCCGAGUCGUCAAGCACAGUCACUGCGGCACCUUCUGCUGAUGACUUUGCUGGACUUGAGGAUGAAGACAGCACUUCGACCACCACGGCCAAGGACAUGGAUGACGUUCUCAAGGAGCGCGGCCCGGUUCCGCCUCUAUACAAACUUGAGGAUCUUAAAGAAUCUGAGGACUUGUACCAAUCUAUCACUGAGUGGCUGAAGGAGAAGGAGGCCGAACAACACAAGCUGGGACCUACGGAUGACCCUGUACUUACUGUCAAAGAGCUGACCGAGAAGCGGGAGAAGCUCGACAAGGCGGGCAUGGAUCUGGCGAUGAAGGGCGUGAAAAACUUUGAAGGAAAGAAGAAGAGCAAGGGGAGUAAGUCAAGCAAGACAGGGGCGGCUGGCGAGGAGCCCACGCUUGAGAUCAAGCCCGAUGAGGAGGGCCAGAUGCCGUCGCAGGAGGAGAUCGAAGAGAUGAUCAAAAAGUUCCAGGAGGAGGCGGCGGCCAAGGCAAAGGAAGGCAAGACGGAUGGGGCGCCCAAGCACGAUGAGCUAUGA